AUGGCCUACCUUGACAGGUGUACUAAAGACGAGUGUAUAGCCUAUCUUGACAGGUGUACUAAAGACGAGUGUAUAGCCAACCUUGACAGGUGUACUAAAGACGAGUGUAUAGCCUACCUUGACAGGUGUACUAAAGACGAGUGUAUAAACUACAUUGACAGGUGUACUAAAGACGAGUGUUUAGCCUACUUUUACAGAUGUACUAAAGACGAGUGUAUAGCCAACCUUGACAGGUGUACUAAAGUCGAAUGUAUAGCCUACCUUGACAGGUGUUCUAAAGACGAGUGUAUAGCCUACCUUGACAGGUGUACUAAAGACGAAUGUAUAGCCUACCUUGACAGGUGUACUCAAGACGAGUGUAUAGCCUACCUUGACAGGUGUACUAAAGUCGAAUGUAUAGCCUACCUUGACAGGUGUUCUAAAGACGAGUGUAUAGCCUACCUUGACAGGUGUACUAAAGACGAAUGUAUAGCCUACCUUGACAGGUGUACUCAAGACGAGUGUAUAGCCUACCUUGACAGGUGUACCAAAGACGAGUGUAUAGCCUACCUUGACAGGUGUACAAAUGACGAGUGUAUAGCCUACCUUGACAGGUGUACUAAAGACGAGUGUAUAGCCUACUUUGACAGGUGUACUAAAGACGUGUGUAUAGCCUUUCUUGACAGGUGUACCAAAGAUGUGUGUAUAGCCUACCUUGACAGGUGUACUAAAGACGUGUGUAUGGCCUACCUUGACAGGUGUACCAAAGACGAGUGUAUAGCCUACCUUGACAGGUGUACUAAAGACGUAUGUAUAGCCUACCUUGACAGGUGUACUAAAGACGUGUGUAUAGCCUACCUUGACAGGUGUACUAAAGACGUAUGUAUAGCCUACCUUGACAGGUGUACUAAAGACAUGUGUACAGCCUACCUUGACAGGUGUACUAAAGACGUAUGUAUAGCCUACCUUGACAGGUGA